AUGAGGUUCGUCAUACGACGGACCAAAGCUCAGCACCUUUUCGCCGGAAUCGAAGAAGAUUGCCUCGGAAACAGCGUCAGCAUGAAUCUUCCUGUAAAGCCAAUCGACAGCUGAUGGGGACUUGAGCAGUGGACGUUUGAGAUCAGAGGCCAGACGUACACCACAACAGAAUUGUCACGACAACUAAAAACUCCCUCAAAUCAAAAGGCAUCAGAGGUUAACGGAACCUUCAGCAUUGAACUUGAUGUGCAAUAUGCCUCCAUUUUGCACACCGACAAAGUAACUGGUCGUUUGAUGGGUCGUCAAAGAGAGGUGUCUCCUCCUCACACUCCGGCACACAUGACGACACCUGCAAGGAGGCUUGAUGCGUGCGAGCGUGGGGAUUCUGUUGUGAGGACGAGUAAACCCACUGUCUCAGACAAGCGUACAAUUUUGUCUGAUAAACUGAAAAACCGCUGUCGCAGUCGCAAGCAGGACAGCAACAAGGAGGAAUGUGGGGAAGAGAGUCCCCGAAAUAUUCAUAAUCACCAUCACGAUUCGUAUGGAGCCCGUGGGAAUAAUCAUAGGAUUAGCAACCGAAUGAAAACUACUACUAUCACUGUUGCCUCUACUGCUCAAAUUAUGUCGACCUCAAUCUUCACUGUCAUGCCUCGUCUCCAUCAAAGUCGUGAACACCUUCAAGGCUACGCUGCUCAGACGUACACUUCAACGUGGAAACUUUUAGGGGACCUACACAAGAAGAUUUGCUUUUAUCGAAGAAAUGCAUCUGCUUGGAAUUCCACAUUGUCUUCUGGCAGCAACUGUCGUCAAUGCCUGCAACAGGGGUGA